AGCAAACAGUUGGUUUUGAGCAUCAGGUGAGCGUUUCUGACAACAUUCCCACUUCUUCCUCCUCUUUCUUUGGGCGACACUUUUAGCAGAGGAGCAGAGAGAGUGGACGCGCCUAAAUAAGUAUGACCAAAGGAUCCGCGCCCUGACGCGCUCCGGUGAGCGCAUGCUGGACCGGUGAGAGUGUGGACUAGUAUGAAGCGCCAUGGCUUGGUGUGACCGCGGGGUUCAAACGCUGCUGGCCACCGUGGGGGCUUUCGCUGCCUUCAGCCUGAUGACCAUCGCCAUCGGCACGGACUACUGGCUCUAUUCGAGGGCGUACAUCUGCAACAGCACCAAUGCCACCACAGACGAGACCCAAUCGCAGCCCAGAACCAAGAGGGGCGACCUCACCCACUCCGGGCUCUGGAGAAUCUGCUGUAUUGAAGGCAUCAAUCAAGGCAGCUGUUACAGAAUCAACCAUUUCCCAGACGACAAUGACUACGACACAGACAGCUCUGAAUACCUGCUGCGUAUAGUCCGUGCCUCCAGUGUGUUCCCCAUCCUUAGUACCUGCCUGUUGAUGCUCGGUGGGCUUUGUGUUGGGGUGGGCCGAGUCUACAACAAGACAAACAACGUCCUCCUCAGUGCAGGCAUCCUCUUUGUAGCUGCAGGUCUGAGCAACAUAAUCGGCAUCAUCGUCUACAUCUCCAGUAACGCAGGAGACCCCAACGACAAACGUGACGAUGACAAGAAGUACACGUAUUCCUACGGCUGGUCGUUCUACUUUGGUGCCCUCUCCUUCAUUGUGGCCGAAACGGUGGCCGUCCUCGCCAUCAACAUCUACAUUGAGAGAAACAAGGAAGUUCGCUGGAGGGCACGGCGCGAGUUCAUCCGUUCUCUCUCUUCCUCUUCCCCUUACUCGAGGAUACCGAGCUUCCGCUACCGCCGGCGGACGUCGCAUGCAAGCUCUCAUUCUACAGAGGCGUCGCGGGAGAACUCACCAGUGGUUGGUCUGAAGGGGGAGCCAUCGUCCAGUGGGGCUCUGGAUGAGCUGUCCAUGUACGCCCUGGCGAGGGACAGCGUGACAGAGAACACGUACAGCCCCGAGCAUGAGGCUGCCGCUGAGUUCCUCCAGGUCCAUAACUGUUUCCCCAAUGAUUUAAAGGACGGGGUGAAUCGCAGGACCACACCGGUGUGAGGGGCACAUUGCAGGGCCCCAAGGUUCACCUGGAAGUGGAUGUGCGCUAAUCUGUUGGAGCCUGAGUGCUUGUGAUAGCCUCCCAUCUUAGAGGCGCAGUUUUUAGAGAGACUGUCCUUUUAUUUAAAGGACCAGAGCAAUAGAGAGGACAGUCAGCUUGACAGAAGCCAAUUAGUCAUUUAUCUGCUUCUAGAGAUCAUCAAAGCAGAAUAGAGUUACAUUGUCUGUGCUGUAGCCGAUGCGAAAUUAGUGUUAUCUUUCAACUGUCGAAAUGCUUACAUGAGCAGUGUGUGGAUCCCAACCCUUGUUUGUGUAAUGAUCCCGAAACAUUGUGGACAAAGUAAAGUGAAGCGUUGAGAUGUGCCAAUCAGCAGUAUUCUACCUGUGAAGUAUUUAACAAGGUGCUAAAUGAAAUGUAGGCUACCCUUCAACUUGAAAGUGUUCCAUUUGUGUGUGCAAUUGCUAUAAAGUGUGGACCUCUUUCCAAAGUUUGUAUUGUGUCCCCAUAACCAGUUUGGUCUUGCCUUAUACUCAAAUCAUAGGUUUUAAAGAGACAACAGAGGCUCUAUCUCUCAGCACUGUCCUUUAGAAUAAUAUAUGGCCUUUUAAGCAAGCUCAAAUUACGAACAUUUUUAAUGGAUCCUUUUUCAUGAGAGUGUGCUGGGUUGUAUUGUAUUGAAUGUUUCCUAUUUUAGCAUAUUGUUCAAGUCAACCAUCCAAUAUGAAAGGUUCUGUCUCCCUCGUCGUCUAUUCCUUUUCUUCUCUGACAUUUUGUCAGUGGAACAAAUGUCCGUUUUGUCAGUGGAACACCUCUGUUCAAGGCCCUUUUUAUUCACUUCCAUAUCAGUCCGCCAGCCUUCCAUCACAGCCCCCCCGAUGGACGUGACAUUGUGUUUGUGCCUGUCACAAGGGAAGAACAGCUGACAAAAAGGGGGUGCCCAGAACUGUGAAAAACGGCAAAGGUCAGGACUUCCUUUUGCUCUGAAUGAAACCUUGGCAUCCAGUGUGUUUGAGGGAUAAGGAUCAGAGCUAGGCGGAGAAUGUUUGUCCGUCUGUCACACCCCCUGUGAGUCCAUCUGGACCCAGACGGAAGCAGAGGGAGCUGUCUGCAACUGCGUCCCUGAAGGAUUUGGCUUGUGUGUAUGUGUGUGCUGUCCUUCUGCACCUCCAUCACUGCUCUUUCUUUUAGUUCUCUCAGGAAAUACUGUGUUGUUGUUGCAGGUUGAACACUUUGAGGUCCUCUCCCUACUUAGUGGCAGUGCUGGGAAAUGGACCGGUGAUAAAGAUAAACCUGGUAAAAAAAAAAAAAAUGCCAUUACUGUAUUUUGUAAAUGCUGUGAGUGUUUGCUUGAGCUUGCUCCAAGAACCAGCUGGGGAGGGAUUUUUUCAGUCUGAGGGCUAUUCGGUUGGUUCUGGCGUGGCAAGCGAGCUCACUCAACCACAGAAUAGUAUUUGAUUGUAUUUAGUGUGUUUGAUAUUGAUACCACUUCAUAUACCCGGCUGAGCUUGUGUAAAAGAAAGCCAUCAGUACUCUGAGUGUAGAUCUUUUAUAUUACAGCUUGAGGGGGAAAUUCCAAAUGUGUUUGUUUGUAAUGUAAAGCUGUCAAGUUGUAUAUAAAAGCACAAUAAAAAAAAUACAGAAAAGAGAAAGAAAAAAAAAAAAGCAUUGAAUGUGCAAAGACAUGGACAGAAGAUUCAAAGCAUUAUUUUACUGAACAAUGUCUCAAUAAUAAUGCCUUGAUGCAAUCUGGUAUUGGUCACACAAUUAUAUUAAUCAUUUUAUAUUCAGGUAAACACACACUGGUUUUGCUGUUUUAUCAGUCAAAAGUUAAUCUGUUGAAUAUUCUGUUUUGUAAGGUGAAGUACAGUAAGUACGUUUAGGAGACUACACUAGAUUUUCUAUUCCAUGUGUAUGCGGCAGCUGUACUUUACUGUAUGUGCUUAUAUUGAUUUAUGCUUACAAUUGUGAAAUAAGCACAUUCUCAGUUUGUUUUUCAAGAAAUUAACUAUAAAUAUUUGAUUACGAAUGUUCAGAAGGGACGUGUGCUAAUUGGAUGGAUUGCAUAAUAAUAAAAGAAAAAUCACAGGGAAAGAAACUUAGCCAUUUGUUGUUGUAUUUUUAAAAUUUUCCAUGCUAGUUCAAGACCAAACUUACUGAAAUAUCAUCACUAUUGUAACAUAUAUUGAUAUUGGAUAGUAGAGUGCCUUUGUUUUAUUUAUAAUAUAAUGCAUUUCCUGCUUCUAGUGUUCCAAUCAAAAAAGCAUUUUUAUUUCAUCUGAAUUUAAUUUAAUUAUUUUGCUCAUUUUCACUUUUUAGUUACAACCCAAAACACACUGUACAUAGACAAAUAAACUAAAUCAGGGUUAUACAUUUA